GCAUGUAAAGGAUGCACUGUUAAUUCCUGUAUAUGCCCUGGUGAAAAAGGACUUUUGGGCAUACCAGGAAUCCCUGGAAUGCCAGGCUUUCCAGGUGAGCACGGUCCUAUGGGUCCAGUGGGACCACCAGGCGUGAAAGGAUCUCGAGGAAGUUUGGGAUUUUCAGGAGAUAUAGGUCCAAAAGGAAUUCGAGGUGAUCCUGGGAUUAAUGGAUUGCAAGGUAUUAGAGGAAAUCAGGGCAAACCUGGCAUUGAAGGUUCUCAAGGAGAUUCUGGUCUUCCUGGCAGAGAUGGAUAUGAUGGAAAACCUGGUAUACCUGGACAACCUGGGUAUGGUGGAAAAAUAGGUUAUUCUGGACCUCCUGGACCAAAAGGAUAUCAAGGUGAUCCUGGUGAUGGGGGAAUAUAUUCAACAGGUGUGAAAGGUGAACCUGGGGUACCUGGCCUUCCUGGACUUCCUGGCCCUCCUGGAUAUGAUGGUUACCAAGGUGAAAAAGGUUUCAUAGGAAUAGAAGGUCCAGAAGGAAUUAAAGGUCCACGUGGUUUUCCAGGACUUAAGGGAAAAGGUGGAAGAGUGAAUAUUGGACCAAAAGGUGAAAAAGGAGAAAAGGGUUAUCCAGGAGAUGUUGGUGCAGAUGGAGCUGUGUAUUGGAUAGGUCCAGAAAUCUGUAAUGUUAAAAUAUUUUCGUGGCCUGAUGGCAAAAAUGUUGUUCUCAAAGGAUCAGUGUCUCAGUCACGAAACCUAGUUAUCUGUAACGUCAGUGUAGUCAAAGGAUUACAAGGAGAUAUGGGCUGGAAAGGUUUAAAGGGUGAUAAAGGUUUUCAAGGCCUUAUUGGAUUAGAUGGAAUAAACGGAUACCCAGGUCAACCUGGAUUUAAAGGAAUGAAAGGCGAUAUGGGAUAUCCCGGCUCAUUAGGUGAAACAGGGAAAAGAGGAUUUGUUGGUGAAUUUGGACAAAAGGGCCAAAAAGGUGAAUCUGGAAUUGAUGGAAUAAAUGGGAUAAUUGGCCCAAAGGGCUUUCCAGGGUUUAAAGGAUGGCCUGGAAGACCUGGUCCUCAAGGUCCUCCAGGCCCACCAGAGCAAAAAAUAACAAAUGGAGAUCCAGUUCCUGGCCCACCUGGGCGUCAAGGUCCUAAUGGUUUUCGAGGACCACGAGGAAUUCCAGGUAAGCCUGGAAGAGAUGGAUAUAUGGGGAUAAAAGGAAGGCCAGGUGAACCAGGACCUCCAGGACAGAAAGGUGAAGAAGGCCCUCCAGGAUGUAGCCAGAAAGGAGAACCUGGAGAGAAUGGAUAUCCUGGAAACGAUGGGCCACCAGGGCUACCUGGUUUUCAAGGUAUACAAGGCUUAAGAGGAAUGAUAGGUCAUCCUGGUGAUACCAUAGUAGGACCUCCUGGCCAAAAUGGCCAACCAGGAGUUGAUGGAAGUCCUGGAAUUCCUGGUGAACUAGGUUCUCGUGGGAUUAGAGGUGACAAAGGAUUUCCUGGAGUAGGUGUAAACAGGGUUGGGCCAAGAGGUCCACCUGGAACUCCUGGUUUGCCUGGAGAUAUUGGAAUUCCAGGGCGACCAGGUAUUGAUGGAGCAGAUGGAGCACCUGGACCUAAAGGAGAUGAAUUGAAUCGCUGUAUAGCAGAAUUAGGACCAAAAGGCAGUCCUGGAGAACCUGGACUACUUGGAAUACCUGGUUUACCUGGCCUUCCAGGACCUCAAGGAAAAAGAGGAGUAAAAGGAAAACUAGGAUCCCCUGGUGUUAAUGGACCAAAAGGAUAUCCAGGCCGAAGGGGAUCAUAUGGUAUAGAAGGUCAAAAGGGAAGGAAAGGAGAUUAUGGCGAAAUAUACAGUGAUAGACUCGGAACAGGUUUAAAAGGUUUUCCUGGUGACAUUGGACGUAGGGGUUUCCAAGGCAUUGAUGGCAUACCUGGUGCACCAGGACCUGAUGGGCUACGAGGAGGUUAUGGAGCCAAAGGUCAACAGGGAGAUGAUGGGGAAUAUGGAGUUCCUGGGCCUGUAGGUCCUCCAGGGUUUCAAGGAACAAUUGGACCUCCUGGUGAACCAGGAUUUAUACUUUUUGCUCAGAAAGGAGUUAAGGGCCAAGUUGGAGAACCUGGCUAUCCAGGAGCUCCUGGACAAAAGGGUCUAAAAGGAGACAGUGGACCAGAUGGGAGACCUGGACUUUAUGGGCUGCCUGGGAUAAAAGGAGAACCUGGGAAACCUGGUUUAUCUACAAGGGGAGAACCUGGAGAUAAGGGGCCUUAUGGAAUACCUGGAGAACCUGGUAUUCAUGGAAUACCUGGACAACCAGGUUUGAGGGGACUAAAAGGAUAUGGUGGCUCCUCUGGAUUAAAAGGGGAGAAAGGAGACCCAGGAGAUGUUUUUAGGGAAGGAUUUCGUGGACCUCCAGGUCCCCCAGGUCCUAAAGGACAUCAGGGAGACUUUGGGGUUCCAGGAUAUCCUGGCCCACAUGGGGAUGUUGGAAGUCCUGGAUUUAUUGGACAAAAAGGUGUGAAUGGUGAAAAUGGUGCUCAAGGGCUUAAAGGUCAAAAGGGAGAGAGGGGAUCAGUAUUUGGUGGUAAAUCUGGAUUGCCAGGACCUCCUGGCCGCCCUGGUAUAAGAGGAGAUAAAGGACAUCCAGGAAUACCAGGUUUAGUUGGGGUACCUGGGGCUAAAGGUCAGUAUGGUGAGGUUGGUGUUAGUGGACAGAAUGGUCAACCAGGAAAGAAGGGGCUGCCUGGAUCUCCUGGGGUGCCUGGAAAAGAUCACCUUAUAGGUGUUCCUGGAAUGAAAGGAGAAGUUGGAAAUUUAGGACUAGUAGGAUUACCUGGAAGAGAAGGACAACCUGGAAGGCCAACUAAUCAACCUGGUGAAAAAGGUGAUCAGGGUGACAGAGGUCUUCCAGGUCUUCCUGGAAUGCGAGGUCUGCCAGGUCCUGCUGGACCACCUGGUCGUUCGGGAUUACCAGGACCUCCAGGACCAUCUGGGGACAGUUUCUCAAUUGGUCUAAAAGGAGAAAGAGGCAAAGAUGGACUUCCAGGAUUACCAGGAAUAUCGGGAAAAGAUGGAAUACCAGGAAUACCUGGACUAAAGGGUGAGCCUGGAGAACUAGGAAUUAGUUAUGGAUUUUCUGGUCCUAAAGGAUACCCUGGUGAUCCAGGAUUUGCUGGGCCACGUGGGGCUCCUGGAUACAUAGGUGAAGUUGGAGUUCCAGGACCACGAGGUCCUCGAGGAAUUGAUGGAUCAGGAGAUCUUUCUGGACCACAAGGUUAUCCUGGCCCCUCUGGACUAAGUGUACCUGGAAUAAAAGGUAGAGCAGGAUAUCGAGGUAUUCCUGGUCCUCCAGGUUUGCAUGGUGAUAAAGGGGUACCAGGAAUGCCUGGACAUCGAGGUUACCCUGGAGAUCCAGGUCUUCCAGCACUAGACGGUAUUGAUGGAAUCCCUGGACCAAAGGGUGAUGUUGGAGAAAGGGGAGAUAUAGGUGCAAGAGGUUACAAAGGAACACAGGGUGAUACAGGACUACCUGGCUAUCCUGGAGUAUGUGGAGAUGAUGGAUUUCCUGGACGUAAAGGGGAUAAAGGAAUAAAUGGAGAUAGAGGCCAGAGUGGACUUCCUGGUCCAUAUGGUUUUGCUGGAAUAAAAGGACGCAGUGGUUAUCCUGGAAGACCAGGCCUGCCAGGACAACCAGGAAUUCCAGGCUUCAAGACUAAAAAAGGAGAACCUGGAUUACCAGCUCGUGAUGGGAUCCCAGGACAACCUGGUCAUCCAGGUGAACCAGGAACACCUGGUAGAGAUGGUCCACCAGGUCCAAAAGGUUUUCCUGGGUUAAGUUUACCUGGAGAGAAAGGUGCACAAGGACCAAUAGGCCCUAGAGGUCCUUCUGUAAAUGACGUUUUUGAAAUACUUAGUUUCCUUGGCAUGUGCUUUAAACAUACAUCUACUUUAAAGCCCCCUGGUUAUGGUGAACCAGGUGUUCAAGGUAACCGUGGACCUCAAGGUUUACCAGGCCCACCUGGAGAUAGAGGAAGUCCAGGCAAGGCAAUUCGAGGAAAACCUGGAAACCCAGGCCCAUCUGGAAAAGAUGGUAUACCAGGUUUUAAAGGCUUAAAAGGAGGAUAUGGGGAAAUUGGUUCUUUAGGACCAAUUGGACCAAAAGGCAUAAGAGGCAAUCAUGGAACACAUGGGUUUCCUGGCUUAAAGGGCUUUCCUGGGGUAAUUGGUGAACAAGGCAGUCCUGGUGAACCAGGAGAGGUAGAACUACCCCCAUUAGACUUAAGUAAAAUCGGGCUUCCUGGUGUCAGAGGGUUAAAUGGACUUACAGGUAUUCCGGGGGAUAGAGGUAUACCCGGGCUUAAUGGGUUGAAAGGACCACCUGGUGACAGAGGAACUAUAGGACUCCCAGGACCAUAUGGAUUCCAAGGACUCAAAGGACCAGAUGGUGAUAUUGGACCUCAAGGGCCACAAGGAGUACCAGGGCAGAGAGGACUCCCAGGUGAUAUAGGGCCACCUGGUAGUUUAAAUAUUUUGUCUUUUGGUCAUUUCUUCACCCGACAUAGUCAGACAAUGGAGUUGCCUAGCUGUCCGAGAGGAACAUCCCUAUUGUGGAAGGGCUACUCCCUACUGUAUAUUUUAGGUAAUGAACGAUCACAUGGACAGGAUCUUGGUGGUCCUGGGAGCUGUCUGAAGUAUUUUUCAACCAUGCCUUAUAUGUUUUGCAACCUGAACAAUGUGUGCCAUUUGGCAUCUAGAAGUGACUACAGUUACUGGCUAAGCACACCAGAACCCAUGCUCAUGUCCAUGUCCCCAAUAGUUGGGAGAGAUAUAGAACGUUAUAUCAGUCGCUGUGUCGUUUGUGAAAGUCCUUCUCAGGUAAUUGCUGUACACAGCCAGUCUACUAUUGUGCCAGAUUGUCCUAGGAAUUGGGAAAGUUUAUGGAUUGGCUAUAGUUUUCUUAUGAAUACAGAUGCUGGAGCAGAAGGAAGUGGUCAGCCAUUGUGGUCACCAGGUUCUUGCUUAGAGUAUUUUAGGUCAAAUCCUUUCAUAGAAUGCCAAGGUCAUGGUCGCUGUAAUGUGUACUCUACAGCCUAUAGUUUCUGGCUUGCUUCAUUUGACCAUUCCAGUGAAUUCAAUGCCCCUAAACAACAGACAUUGAAGGCUGAUAAGCUUCAAACACGUAUCUCUCGCUGUAGAGUGUGUCUACAUAACAUACCUCGUACUAGAUAAAGUUUUAUGGUUGUAGUAUGUUACUCAGCUUUGUUAAUAUUCUUAUUUUAAACAUGCAGAACUACUAUUUAGAAACCUUACUGAUUUGGAAAGACUAUUUGCUAGAUUCUUAAGUACAAGUUACUAAAGCUAGAUUUUGGGUUAGAAAACUAUCUUUAUCUUGGAGUUGCAGUGGAGGGAUUUUACAGUAGAAUUCUUUAAGCACCAAGAAAGAAUUUUGGGGGAAUUAACGUAACACAUUAGCAGCUUGGAAGACAAAUAAAAAAAUACAUAUAUAAUCAAAAACAUCAAUAAGAUUAUCCUGUGGUUAUGAAUAAGAAAAUACUGGAAUAUCACUUUUUUCUUUCUUUUAUUAAUUUCCUCUACUGGUUACAUGAUUUGAAAGGUCA